AUGGGGGUUGAUGAUCUCCCUUCUAUUCUAAGCAAGGUAGACUUGUUGACCAUUUUUGGAUUGACUGUGAACGAUGUUUCAGACGAUAAUGGUUUAAGUGUUUUGAGACAAAAGUUUUUGUACAAAGCUAAACAAUGCCAUCCAGACAAACAGACCCCCAAUACUGCAUCUAAAUCUAACGAAUUUGCCAUCCUAAAAGCCGCCUAUGAUCAUUUAAUUAAGGAUAACAAUUUGGAAAAGUAUGUGGCCAAUAGACGAUCAUACUCUGAAAAUUUCACCUAUGAACAUGUAGAUACUGUUAUAUCGGCAAAGCAGGCAUACCUAAAGGCGCAAUUGGAUAAGCGCAUUAAGGAAUUCAAGAGAAAAUAUACUAAGGAUUCCAAGCCAGCUAUGUCAAAAUUUGAUGACAAUUCCAUGCUCAUGAAUUAUUACAGUGAUAUUUUAAAAACUAAAGCGGAAGAUACUUGCACUAGCACUGAUAAUACAUUUGGAAAGAUUCAUGUAAUUGUUACUGCAACUGAUAAGAUUAAGGAAAUAUCACUGCUUGUAAAAAGUAACCACUUUUUGGAAUUGUUUAAUGGAUUUGGUAUUGUCUCAAUUUGCCUUAUGCCGAAUUAUUCUUAUGAUAAGCCUGAAAUCGCAAAAAUAAUAUUUAACUCCAAUUCAAAUGCAAUUCUCGCACUUUUGUAUUAUAGACAGCACAAAUCACUUUUUCGAAACGACCUAUAUUCAUUAGCCUUUAUUUCAGAUGCUGAAGACACAGAAUCGCACAAUAAGACCAAUACAAGCACCUCUGACAAACACAAUAUAUCAGUAGAUACAACAAAUGCUAAACGCAGCAUUUCAGUAAAGGAUCUACAAGGAUCAAUCCUUGAGAAGUUUAAAAAAAGAGCAACUACAAAUAGAUAA